AUGGCAGAGGCCAAAGCCGCUGAGAAGGGCUUGGGGCCUGCUGCAGCCACCGCCGCCACCGCUGCCGCCAACCCCGCAUCCCCCACCACCCCCGACCCCAAUGCGACAGCGGAGGAGGCAGAUCCCAGCACCCUUGCACUGGCGGACGAUGAGGACGACAGCUACUUUGAGGGCAUGCUGACCCAGGUGGAGGCACUGCAGAAGGAGCACGAGCAGCGCUCGCCCGAGGAGCUGGAGGUGCUGUGCAAGGCAGCGGCAGUGGCGGGGGUUGAGACGAACCCACUGCUGCAGAUCGGUGACGAUGAGGAAGAGCCAGCAACGACGGGCGCAGUGCGUGGGCGUGGGCGCGGGGGAGGCAGGCGUGGGGGAGGCAGGCGUGGGGGCCGGGGGCGCGGGCGUGGUGGUGGCAGGGGCUCGGGGAAGCGGUCCGCCACCAUGAUGGAGGAGGAGGCGAUGGUUGAGGAGGUGGAGGAUGCGGAGGUGCCGUCUGAGAGCAGCGACGAGGGUAGUGAGAGCAGUGAUGAGGAGGGGCAGGAGGAGGCGGUUGUGCAGUUGACUGAGGCCCGCGCUGCCAGCAAGAGGCAGAUUGUCCGGCCCGCCCGCUACCGCUGA